AUGGUGCGAGCUGCAGGCAGGGCGGCAUCGCCGCACUCCGCGGCAAAGCCGUCAUCAAGCACCAGCAUCCUUCCGCUAAUCACCGCCGGCCACGUGUCCUCCAUCUGGCACGACAUCCUCCUGAUUCCGCCUGCUCCCCCCGCGCCUGCGCGUCGAUCUGUCAACUCCUGCGCCAAACUUCUCCCCUCUUUCUCAUUCGUCGAAAGGCGUCCCACGGGCGGCGCAGCGGUUCCGGGGGAGCGCGGGGACCCCAAGGCGGGUUCCGCGGAGGGCAGGGAGAAGCAAGCGCCAGAGCAGCAACACGAAGCGGAGGAGUGCAUUUGGGAAGCUAAGAACACGUGGAAGAAUAAAAAGGCGAGGGGACGGAUAAAUCCCGCGGCGGAGAGCGCGGCGCGAGCGGUGGCGCAAGCAGCGGAAGCGGCGGCGGAAGCAGCAGCGGAAGCAGCGGCAGAAGCGGCAGCAGAGGCGGAGCACACGAUUAGAUACGCGCACAGCACGUGGCGGAUUCUCUGCCACUCGCUGCGCCGCCCCGUGCUGCGGCGCAUUGCGCAUGUACCGGAGAGCCAUGGGCGGGAGCGCGAGGAGGCGGCGCAAGCGGCUGAGGAGGAGGAGGAGAAGCAGGAGCGGAAAUCACCCAAGGGGCACGACGGGGGAGGAGGUGUGAGAAGUGGCAACAGCAAGGGCGCGCCUGUUGCUGCUUCUGCUGCGUUCUCGGCUGCGUUCAAGACUGCUUCUGCCUCCGCUCACGACCGGCCUCGCAAGCACGCUCACGCUCACGCGCACGCACUCUCGCUCGCGCACCCACGGCCGUUGUCAGUGUCUUUCGCUGCUGGUACUGCUCGUGGUGGCGAGUCCCUGCUGCAGCACGCGCAUUCACGGCCCUAUUCAGCGUCUUUCGCUGCUGCUGCUGCUGCUGCUGCUGCUGGUACUGCUGGCGAGUCCCCUCGGGAGCACGCUCACUCGCACUCGCUCGCGCACCCACAGCCGUUGUCAGUGUCUUUUGCUGCUCGUACUGCUGGCGAGGACUCUCAUGCGGAGUCCCCUCAUUCUCAUCACGAGUCCAAGUCGUUUCAUAAGCACUCUCACGGGGACUCUCAUGGUCAUUCUUCUCCCCACGAGUCCCGCAAGUGGUUUCACAAGCAUCAUUCUCACGACGAGUCCCGGUCGGGGACAGUCUGGGCGGGAGCGGGGGAAGGGGAGGACGACGAGGGGAAAGUGGAGAAGGAUGGGGCGAGGGGAGCAGCUCCUUCUGCUGGUCAGGGGAUUCUCAUUGCUGCCCGGGGGGCUGUUGAAGGCGCAAAGGGUGUGGCGGAUAAAGUAGCAGGCGUUGCUGCUAAACGCAUUGCUGUAGCAGGGGCUGUAGCGGGGACGGUAGCGGGGACUGUAGCGGGGACAGUGGCAGGGACUGUAGCGGGGACGGCAGAGCACGUGGCUGGGAAUGUGGCAGGGGCAGCAGGAGUGGUGGUGGGGAAAGUGACUGGCGCGGCAGGCGUGGUGGGAGGUUUGGUAACCGGGGCUGCUGGUAAGGUAGCCGGGGCUGUAGCGGGGAGAGCAGAGCACGUGGCUGGGAAUGUAGCAGGGGCGGCAGGAGUGGUGGUGGGAAAAGUAACCGGCGCUGCAGGCGUGGUGGGAGGUUCGGUGACCGGGGCUGCUGGUAAGGUAGCUGGGGCUGCAGGGACGGUAGUGGGUACGGUAGCUGGGGCCGCAGGUACGGUAGCAGGUACGGUAGCGGGUACGGUAGCUGGUGCUGCAGGUACGGUCGCAGGUACGGUGGCCGGUGCUGCAGGUACAGUAGCAGGUACGGUAGCACAUCUACCCAAGGAUGCUGUAGGGGCUGUGUCUCGGAGGGUGCGGAAUAUAGGCGCGGGGGGAAAGGCGAUGAGUGCGCGUGUGCGGAAGGGAGCGGAGGCUCGGAUCGAAGCUGCCCAGAGCUCGGUGAAAUCCGUGAGUGCAAGAGUGCAGCGGAACACCGGGGCCAGCUUCGGAGUGGCUCGGCAUGCUGUGGAGGAGAGGCUCGGAAUGGGGCAGCAUGGUUCGGAGGAGAGGCUCGGGGUGGAUUGGCAUGGUGUGGAGGGUGGGAGUGCAGUGUUUGAGUCGUUUGAAUUGGUGGGUGAGAAUAGUUCGGAGGGAGGGAGUGCGGUGCUCGAGUUGUUUGGAAGGGCGGGUGAAGCUGGUUCGGAGGGUGGGAGUGUGGUGCUAGAAUCGUUUGAAAGGGCGGUUGAGAAUGGUUCGGAGGGUGAAAGUGUGGUGCUAGAAUCGUUUGAAAGGGUGGUUGAAGCUGGUUCGGAGGGUGGGAGUGUGCGGGGGAUGCCACAAACAGAGGCAAAUUCGGGGCCGGAGGCGAGUUCUGGUGCAGAGGCGAUUGGAGCGGUUCAAAGCGGUGUGGAGGAGUGUAGCAGUGUGAGGGUGCGGAGGAGAGGAGGCUCAGGGGCGCAUCCUAAUCUGGAUGCGUCUCAGCGGAGUGAGGGUGCCGUGAGUAAUGACUCGCGUUUAUGCGAGUUGGAGAGCACUAGUGGGGGAGUGCAGAACGGUGCAGAGGAGUGUAGCAGUGUGAGAUUGGGGCGUGGAGGCUCAGGGGCGCGUUCAGACUUGCAGGCGUCUCAGCGGAGUGAGGGUGCAGCGAGUGUUGAGUUGAAUGAAAGAGAAGUGGAGAGCAAGAGUGGGGGAGUGCAGAGCGGUGUAAAGGAGUCUACGGGUGUGGGAGUAGGGAGAGGCGGCUCAGGGGCACUUUCUAAUCUGGAUGCGUCUCAGCAGAGUGAGGGUGGGGCGAGGAGUGAGUCGCUUGAACGCGAGGUGGAGAGAGAGAGUGGGGGAGUGCAGAGCGGUGCAGAGGCGUAUUCCGAGGCACCUGGGAACGAGGCGAGGAGUGUGAGUGGGAUAGUGGGAAGAGGGGGGCCAAGGGAACACGAGGAAAGUUCGAGGCAACACGAAGAAAGUCUGAGGCAACGAGAGGAAAGGCUGAGACAACUUGAGGAAAGCCUGAGGCAACGCGAGGAAGCCCUCUCCUCCUCUCUCCUCCUCUUCCGUCUCACCUCCUCAUACUCCAUGUCAGCACUCCCCUCUUCUCCUUGCUUCUCACUCCUUCAACCUCUCUUCCACCUCUAG